UACAUAAAAGAAAGCAGCGUGUAUGUGUUCUAAGUCUAUGGUAUCCAUAGCAACCAGAAAUCAAGACAUGGCGCCUGGAAGCCAGCCUGUUCUCUCAUCCACUCCUCUGCAGGUGCUCCUAUACCUGAACAGCUGGUACUUUGCUGCCUUCUACCUGGCAGAGAUCCUCAUGUUCAUUUAUAAAGGAAUCUUGUUGCCGUACCCAUCAGACAAUCUGGUUCUGGACGUGGUUCUGCUCCUUCUCUUCCUCGGUUUGGAGACUCUGAGGAUCUUUUAUGGCUGGAAGGGGAACCUGUGUGAGCGUUCUCUGUCCUCCUGCAUGUCCCUCUCCAUCCUGCUUCCCUGUGCGGCACUGGCUGUUUAUUACCUGCUGCUGCAGACCUUCGUCCUUCGCCUCGAGUUUAUCCUCAGCUCCAUCCUGCUCUGCUUCUACAGCCUAGAGUUUCUCCUUGGAGUCAUCUCCAUAUCCACCUUCUCCAGGUCUAAGGUUUACUGAAGAACAAACCAUCAUCUGAAACACAUCAGGACAGACCAGAUGAGCCUUCCUCACUCUAAAAGGAACCUGUAUUUUUAUACAACGAUAUUAUUUUGUAAAUAUGUUUAAAGUUUUCCUUCUGUAAGACUGUUUUAUGUCUGAACUUUCUAAAUAAAAGCCAAAGUGACAAAGCCAAACACUAA